AAGUCUGUUUUUCAGUAUGUUCUUUAAAAAAAAUUAACAGAGCAAAACUGAACAAGAACAAAAAAGCCAACAGCUUCUGAAGAGAUUAAGUCCUACUAAGCCUAAGUAAAUGGGGAAAAACUGUGUACCAAAAGUUCUCAAAUUCUGCAUGUUUCUAUUGGAAGUUUUUAUUGCAUAGGGUAGAAGACAAUUGCAGUUGAAGAUGAAGACAAUGAUUUCAAACUGUUUACUCUUAAAAACAAGAUGAUGAUCAUACUGGAAGGGGUUAAGUUUAAACAACACCCCUUAAACCAAAAUUCCCCCAAACAAAGAACAUCUCUAUGGAAAAGUUUAUAUUAUUACUGUUCUAUGACAUUACCUGAAGACUGCUGGUCAUGCCAGGCACACAGUGGAUGCCAAUGGAUGGGAAGGUGGAGGCAAGAAACUCUUUCAUAAAACAACAAGGUUAGCAACUCCUGCGGCAGGAGCCAAGUUCCUCUGAGUUUAGAUCACUUCACAUAAUUUGCCCUCACUAAUGUAUUUGCUGGUUUCUCAUGCCUUCCUGCUUUUUCCUCACCAUGGUUACUCUGGGAGGCAGAGAGGUGCUAAGCAAUGGAGGUGUCAUCCGGCCUGCGCACCUAGGGAACGUCCUUCAGAGGACGACUUGUCACCAGCUGUCAAAGAAGAGAGCGGCUUUGUGGUCUCUGAACAUCUGGCAGUGCUGCACAGGAAGCUGAGGGGGUGUCAUUAAUUGUGAUGAAAUAAUUUAAACCAUCAGGAAUAAAUGAGGCUGUUAAGCUAAGUUCAGAUUCCAUUUGCCAUGCACAUGUGUCUAGCAGCCUGUGUGCAGUUAAAAAAAAAUUGAAUUAUAUUAGCUCAUGAGUAGAAGCGAAACAGAUACUGUAAAUGAAACAAGUUGCUGCGUAGCGAUGACAUCGUGUUGAACCACUUCACAGAGUUACAGUUUGUAGAAUCAAUAUAAUGAAAGUGGUAUAUUAUUUAUUGAAUUUAUACAUCAAAAUUCUUACUACCAUAACAAUACAGUAAGGACUAGUGGCUUAUUGGUACACCGAGAGGACAGGUAGGUAGAUGGGUAGAAAGAAUUAAGCUACCAGGUAAAGGUGGAGCGGGGUAUGUAGGGGCUUCUUUGUCAGGCUGAAUUGAUCCACCACUUACGUCUCUAUAGAGUCUGGCUGUGGGUACAGUAUUAACUGCCCUUGCUCUGCAGACAUAGUGCAGAUUGGAUGGCAAUUUCUCUCUGAUGACUAACUAUGGAUGUCCCUUUGGGAGCUUCUGACACUUUUGAGUACAUUGAUUUUUUUUUUUUUUCUUGCUAUUAAAAACAACUAUCUUGGGUGAUAGGAGAUUACUUCUUAAGCAAAUAAACAUAUUGUAAGGCUUUGCACAAUCAGUGAACACUGAUUUCAAAUGUAACUUUCAGGCAGUCCCAAUUUCUUUACAAAGGAAAAACUGUCGGGUUUGGAAUGCUGGGGCAACUCUGAGGUUUUGUGCAUUAAACUGAGCAAUGGUGAGUAGGUUCCAAAGUACAUUUCUAAAAUAAAAGUCAUUCCUUUGCACAUAAGUAAAAUUUUCAAACUUGAACUUCUACUUAAAAAUAAAAUGACUGUUCAGGUCAUGCUGCACACUGUUCAGGUGCAGCAUGCAUUUAAAAAAAUGUCAGAGAGGUAAUCCUUCUGUUAGAAAACAGAUACAGGUGAUGGUCUGGAGCUCUGGGAAGCUUUGGACAAGAGUUGUUUCACUAAGAAAUUUAACCCCAGCUUCCUUCUUUCAUCCCUUCUCUACUUCAUUGCUUUUCUAUUUUUCCUGUUGUGUGUUGCCUUCCCCCCCCUUUUUUUCUAUUUUUCUUUCAUUUAUUCUUGCUUUUAGAUUUUUAUCCUUUUAUACUUGUUUCUCUUUAUAAUCUGUUCUCAUUCUCCAUCCUCCAUAGAAGUGAACUACAAUUCCAUUUUCAUUUAGUUUUCCUGCUACUAGCUAAAUGAUUAAUAUCCACAAUCACUUAAUUUGUGAAGUUAAUAAAAUGUAGGUUACAUUUUUACAUAAAUUUGUGUGAUCAUUGAUGGAGUUUUUAAAAGAAUGUGAAUGAACCUUGAUAAAUCUUUUUAAAAGGAAUGUGGAAUACUCACUGAGUUGUCCUUUUCCCUGGACUUGAAUUAAACUGCUAUUGGUGAAAGUCAGCCAGUAGGUUGUGGCUCCGGGUUACUCUCUCUCUCUUCUUACUCUGGACUCAGGAGUCAGACAUUCUCGUUGAAACACUUGAGCUUCGUGACUUCAGACAUAUUUGACGUCUAAUAGAAUAACCAGUAGCUAGGAUAUUGUUUCUUUGUGGUUUUAUUUUUGGAUUUUAUCUUAAUUGAUGAAUAGUAAGACUUGACAUCUGUUGGUACUGUUGGAAGGAUUGAAAGAGAUAGUGUCUGUGUAUAAGAUACUCUGCCUAGCACAAAGCUAAUAGUGAAUGCGUUGUUAUUAUAUAAACUGUUUUUAUUGGCUUCUGGGGCAGUAAAAAUUAGAAGCAGAUAAAAAUUAGAAAAAUUUUCCUGAAUAUUUCACAUAUAUUGAAAAUUUAAAUAUUAUUAACCUUACAACAGUUUUUUUUCUUUAGAAUAAGGAAUCUAAGAUGAACAGAGAAUUUGAAACAGAUAACUGCAUUUUUCUUUCUUGUUUUACUUGGCAUUCUAUAGUGCAUUUACUUCCUAAAACCAAAUGAUAAUACAUUAAGCAGUUGCUUGAAAUUUUCUUUGGUAAGUAUGUUAGUAAAUAUUUACAGGAAAAAGCAGUUUCAUGUACUUAAGAGUUUUUAAGUACAUGAAAACUCUUUUCUUAUUUUGGUGGGGAUUGAACUGUUUGCCCCUACUUGUUUUCAAGACCUUCUUGAUUCUUCCACUGCUGUUGUUAUAUUUACUAUCUGCUUAAAUAGCAUUAAAUUAGUGGAUUCCUGAAUCUGGAGUUCUAUAUUUCAGGUACAUUAUGGAUGAAAUUAACUUUGUUUGAAUGGCCUGAGAAUCCUAAAUACAUUCUAUAUUCUCUCUCAAUACCAGUAUUUCUGUGAGAGAAAUAGAAUUUGGAUGACCAACAUAACACAAGCUGUUCAUGUUGGGAACUGCCAGCAUUAAUUUAAGAAAUGUUGGCUUCAACAGAGAGAGUUAUGUGUUUAUGGGCAGUGUAUGUGCAUGUGCAUAGAUUUUGUGUAUACACACACACACACACACACACACACACACACACACAUAUAUCCAUAUAUUUAUGAGAACAGCUAGCAGUAUUCUGUUUGAAUGUUUUGUUAGAGUCAGUCAUAAUGAAAAAUUUACAUUAAGAACACACAGUGUCCCCUACUUCCACAUGCAAAAGAAAGAAAAAACUUUUUGUUUGGGUAGACAAUGGAAUCACAAUUUGUAUUGUAGAUUCUUUAGGACUCAGUAUUUUUUUACAUGGUUUCAGGAUUUAAACCUGGAAAUUAUCUAAGUAACCCAAUAUCUUCACUUUACAGAUUUGGAAACUGAGGCCCAGAAAUUUUAAAAGACUUUUCAAAAUCACAUACUUACUAAAACAUUAUCCAUUUCUCAUGUGUCAGAGCCCUUAAAAUACUGUUUACUGGUUUUUAUUCCUUUUGAGUGUAAUGAGUAUUAUAUAUCAGUGUUGUGUUAUAAAUUUUUUCUUGUUAUAGAAAAUUAUUUAACUCAAAUUUGUCCCGUAUUCUGCAUGAUCCAAGAAGUGUAAAUAAAGAGUGUGCAUAUAAGUCACACCUUGAUAAAGCUGGGGGAAGGAAGGGGAAGAAUCAAGGAGGCUCUGUUUUUAUUCCAUGUAGUGAUAAUCUUAGCAGGUUCCCCUCUGAAAAUAACAGGUCCUCUUGCAUAAUGUGUGAUAUGUGUAGACUUGAUGCUAAAAAAUGGAAUGUUUGAGUCUGGUUUUUAUUUUUUCCCUUAUAUCAAUUAGUAUAGAAUUUAGGUGUUGUUCAAAAGCUAACUUUUGAACAUUAAGAAGUAGAAAUAGUCCCAUCUAAAUAGUCUCUGUUUUAAAAAAAAAUCCUGCCAUUAUAAAAAUUGAAGAAUGGACUUUCCCAAGAACAUAAAAGUGUUCAUUUUUAGUGCUCAAUAAGUGCUAGUGGAGUUUCAUGGAGCAUAGAAGCAGACCAAGUCCCCUUGAAAUCAUUGUUGUUGUAAAAACCAUCUUUAAGUGCCUUUUUGGGUAUGGUACUAUGUUUGCAUCCUAUAAAAAGUGAGCUGAAUAGAUAGGGUUUUUGCCCUCUAGGAGUUUAUAAUCAAAAACAGAUAAUGGAGCUGACAUCUGUUAAUGUAUUAAGGUCCUACAAAUAAACAUUGAUCAAAUACAUAAAUAAAAGUUUUAUAUUCAAGACAAGUAAAAACCUUUUUGCUUGCCUGAUUGAAUAAGUAAACAGCCAGCCUCAGCCCCACACUGAAACUAUCCAUGGAAGUUGUAAAAUGACUAAACCCCUAAAAUAAUCCUGACACCAAGACACUCCUUUACAUUGUUAUUUUUUAAGAGUUUUAAGAGAGUGCUGGAAUUACUAUGAUGUCACUAAUAGUGUAUUAUAAGUUGAUCUGGAUACAGAGAUGUUGUUUUUAUCUUUCUGGUUAAGAAAUUGCAAUUAGUUUAAUUUUCCUCCAUCUCGAGGAUUUCACUAUUUCUAACUGUUGACUGGUGAUACUUGCUGUUGUAAACCAGGAUCCUAGAGGGCAGUUGAAAAAUUUUAUCUAAAUCCCCAAUGUUAGUAGAAAUCAUAUUUUUUUAAUCAGCUGCCUCAACCCCCCCAAGUUAUUAGGAAAUGCAUUAAAACAAAUACAGGGGUCUAAAAUAAUUCUAUAAUGAGACAACUUAUAUAUCCAAAGGGUUUCGAGUAGAAUAUUGGUAAGAAGAGAUAAUUUUAGAACUUUGUAAUGAACAGGUAUACUUGUAAGUUUGGGUUAAGUUAUACCGACUAAAAUUAAACAUAUAAAUGGUAGCAGGGGGUGAUAAGUAUUCAGUUUGAUAACAUACUUUCUUUCUGCAUGCUUUAAUUUUAAUGUAAGGUAUUUUAACAAUCACUUCAUUUUUGAAGUGUGGGGUAAUUAAAACAGCAACAUUGGGAAGACUAAACAUGAACCCUUCUCAAAGUUCAAGACAUUAAAAAAAUGGCUAUCCCUACCCCAGUGUAGGUGUCUGGCUGUGUAAAUUAAAGUAUGUGGAUGCAUAAAUUAAUUAGAACAGUCAGUGAUAUAAAUCAAACUUAUUUGGUCCACUGAUGAAAUGAGCAUUGUUUGUAAGAUUAUCUUAUUAUUUAAUCUCUUCUAUAUAAACCUGGCUGAUUAGCCUUAUGAAGUAAUAAUACAAUUAAUGUGAUGAUGGUAUACUUUUUCUUCGUACAGGCCUGAUCCUGCAGGCCUUUCUUGACUUGGAUUUCUGUAUAUGUAAGACCAUAAGAACUGGAAAUUUUAAUUAGCAAGAGUGCCCUUACUGCUCAGUUGUGGAGUUUUAUUUUAUUUUAUUUUUUUUUGUAUCUCAGAAUGUUCCCUGGGAUUUUUAUUCUUUUUGAACCACUCAUUUAUUGCCCCAGAAGAAUGAACUGCUUUCAGAUAUUAUUUUCUCAAAACUGUGCAAAGUUCAUUAUAAGAGCUACCUGCUGACUUCCCUAUGCUGUGCUAAGGGCUCUAAAAUAAAGAGAAAGUUUUACUUAUAAAUGAAGCCAUUAGGAAUUUCUUGAAUAAACAAAGUUUUUCCCCCCUUUGAUGUGCAAAGGAAUUUUGUUUAUAAUUAUUAGUCAUAUAAGUCCAUGUCUAAUACAUGCAAAGACCAUUCGUUAUCGUUUGUAUGAAAUGGAAUGCACUCCUUUCAGCUAGAGAGCAGAAAACAGAUACACUUUUAAAAACCAUUCAGGGAUCUUGGUAUAAAGGAAAAUUGUUAGUUUCAUUACUUAGCAUUUGAUUCAGAACUUUUGCUUAGUGUUUUGUUUUUUUUUUUUUUCCUUGCCUACUUCCCCCAUCUCUGUCCCUCUGACUUCAUGAAGUUGGUUUCUUUGUAUCCCAAAAUGAAAACUUUGCUUUUGGGGAACUAAAGAUGUGCAUUUUAUUCACCUUGCUCUCAAAUUGCUUAACUAUUCCAUGAUAUUCUCUUAUUCUUUAAUAGAAUUUAGCAAUGGUGUCUAAUAAUGUAACUAAGAAAUUGCAGGGAAAAAUGUCAUAGAUAAUUCCCUCUUGUAAAAUCUUUUAUGAAUGAAGCCUGAUGACUGGAAUUUGUUGUUCCUACUUAAUCUCAUAGAGAGAAUAGAUUUAGAACAGUGUCUUUUUAGGAUUAUGCAUAAAGCAGUUAUGAGUGUGAUGUGAUAAAAUCUUAAUUGGGAUUUCAUUUUGUCCUGAACAGUUAGGAUUAUUUGCUCCUAUGUUGUUCUGCAUUGAUGUUAAACAUUUUCAAUCUGACAAAUCAGAUCUUUGGAUGUAUUAUUUUAAAGAUUUUUUUUUGUCUCAUCUUCAUAGGAGUGCCACAGAUCUCCCUGUUCCAACAGUGAUUAUCUGUGAUGCCAUAACAACUUCCCUGGCUGUUAGCAGAGCCAUCCGCUGCACACUGGUAAACUGCACGUGUGAAUGUUUUCAGCCAGGGAAGAUUAACCUGAGGACUUGUGAUCAGUGUAAACAUGGCUGGGUGGCACAUGCCUUGGAUAAGCUCAGCACGCAGCACCUGUACCACCCCACCCAAGUGGAGAUUGUGCAGUCCAAUGUGGUGUUUGACAUCAGCAGCCUGAUGCUCUAUGGGACACAAGCGGUGCCCGUGAGGCUAAAGAUACUGCUAGACCGUCUCUUCAGCGUCCUGAAGCAAGAGGAGGUACUUCACAUACUGCACGGCCUGGGCUGGACUCUGCGGGACUAUGUCCGAGGAUACAUCCUUCAGGAUGCUGCCGGCAAGGUGCUGGACCGCUGGGCCAUCAUGUCUCGAGAAGAGGAAAUCAUCACCCUUCAGCAGUUUCUGCGGUUUGGAGAAACCAAAUCCAUUGUGGAGCUGAUGGCAAUUCAGGAGAAAGAAGGGCAGGCUGUGGCUGUACCAUCUUCAAAGACAGACUCAGAUAUAAGGACUUUUAUUGAGAGCAAUAAUCGUACCAGGAGUCCCAGCCUCCUUGCUCACUUAGAAAACAGCAAUCCUUCUAGCAUUCAUCACUUCGAAAACAUCCCAAACAGCCUAGCAUUUCUGCUUCCAUUCCAGUACAUAAACCCCGUCUCAGCUCCACUGCUAGGGUUGCCUCCAAAUGGGCUCCUGUUAGAACAACCAGGAUUAAGGCUGCGGGAACCAAGCCUUUCAACCCAGAAUGAAUAUAAUGAAAGCAGUGAAUCUGAAGUCUCUCCCACACCUUAUAAGAAUGAUCAGACACCCAAUAGAAAUGCCCUGACUAGCAUUACUAAUGUGGAGCCCAAAACUGAGCCAGCCUGUGUCUCUCCCAUUCAGAAUUCUGCCCCAGUCAGUGAUCUAACCAAAACAGAACACCCAAAAAGUUCAUUCCGGAUUCAUCGCAUGAGGAGGAUGGGGUCAGCCUCUAGGAAAGGAAGAGUGUUCUGUAACGCAUGCGGGAAGACAUUCUAUGACAAAGGUACUCUCAAAAUUCAUUAUAAUGCCGUUCACCUGAAGAUCAAACAUCGAUGCACCAUCGAAGGUUGCAACAUGGUCUUUAGCUCCCUCCGAAGCCGUAAUCGCCACAGUGCAAACCCCAACCCUCGCCUUCACAUGCCCAUGCUAAGGAAUAACAGAGACAAAGAUUUAAUUCGGGCCACUUCAGGAGCUGCCACCCCUGUCAUAGCAAGUACAAAAUCAAAUCUCACACUCACAAGCCCUGGCCGGCCCCCAAUGGGUUUUACCACUCCCCCACUAGAUCCUGUCUUACAGAAUCCUCUCCCUAGCCAGCUCGUGUUUUCUGGGCUAAAGACUGUACAACCAGUUCCUCCAUUUUAUAGAAGUUUACUCACCCCAGGGGAAAUGGUGAGUCCUCCAACCUCCCUCCCCACCAGUCCCAUCAUUCCAAGUGGUACCAUAGAGCAGCACCCCCCACCACCCUCUGAGCCAAUGGUGCCAGCAGUGAUGAUGGCUGCCCACGAGCCCAGUGCUGACCUGGCACCUAAGAAAAAGCCCAGGAAGUCAAGCAUGCCUGUGAAGAUUGAGAAGGAAAUCAUUGAUACCGCUGACGAGUUUGACGAUGAAGACGAUGACCCUAAUGAUGGCAGCGCUGUAGUCAACGACUUGAGCCAUGACAAUCAUUGUCACUCCCAAGAGGAGCUGAGCCCAGGCAUGUCUGUGAAGGACUUUUCCAAGCAUAACAGGACCCGAUGCAUUUCAAGGACUGAAAUUAGGAGGGCAGAUAGCAUGACUUCUGAGGAUCAAGAGCCUGAGCGGGACUAUGAGAACGAGUCUGAGUCUUCAGAGCCCAAACUGGGUGAGGAAUCCAUGGAAGGGGAUGACCACAUUCACAGUGAAGUGAAUGAAAAAGUCCUGAUGAACAGUGAGAGGCCUGAUGAGAACCACAGUGAGCCCUCUCACCAGGACAUCAUCAAGGUGAAGGAGGAGUUCACAGACCCCACUUACGAUAUGUUUUACAUGAGCCAGUACGGACUGUACAAUGGUGGAGGGGCCAGCAUGGCUGCCCUGCAUGAAAGUUUUACAUCGUCUCUGAAUUAUGGCAGCCCUCAAAAGUUCUCCCCAGAAGGGGACCUGUGUUCUAGCCCAGACCCCAAAAUCUGUUAUGUGUGCAAGAAGAGUUUCAAAAGCUCCUACAGCGUGAAGCUUCACUACAGGAAUGUUCACCUAAAAGAGAUGCAUGUCUGCACAGUGGCUGGCUGCAAUGCUGCGUUCCCCUCUCGCCGAAGCAGAGACAGAAACAGAAAUUUACGGAUGGAAAGAACCAUAGGUCCAGGACAUCGAGACAGCCUGCAUCUCCGUAGACACAGUGCCAACAUAAAUCUGCAUCGUAAAUUGUUGACCAAAGAACUCGAUGACAUGAGCCUGGACUCAUCGCAGCCCUCCCUUAGCAAGGACCUCCGGGAUGAAUUUUUGGUGAAGAUCUAUGGUGCCCAGCACCCCAUGGGGCUCGACGUCAGGGAAGACGCCUCCUCUCCCGCAGGGACUGAAGACUCCCACCUAAACGGGUAUGGGAGGGGCAUGGCGGAGGACUACAUGGUCCUUGACCUGAGCACCACCUCCAGCCUCCAGUCCAGCAGCAGCAUCCAUUCCUCUAGAGAAUCAGACGCGGGCAGCGACGAGGGGAUUCUUCUCGAUGACAUUGACGGGGCGAGUGACAGUGGGGAGUCGGCCCACAAGGCUGAGGCCCCUGUCCUCCCUGGCAGCCUAGGGGCUGAAGUUUCAGGAUCUCUUAUGUUCAGCAGCUUGUCUGGGAGCAAUGGUGGGAUCAUGUGCAACAUUUGCCACAAAAUGUACAGCAACAAGGGGACCCUGAGAGUGCACUACAAAACUGUGCAUUUGCGAGAAAUGCACAAGUGCAAAGUCCCUGGUUGCAAUAUGAUGUUUUCUUCUGUACGAAGCCGGAAUCGGCACAGUCAGAACCCUAAUCUCCACAAACACAUUCCCUUCACUUCAGUAGAUUAGUCUCAGAACGGACACUACAAAUGCCAGCCCUCACCAGAUGGCCUACUUGUUUGAACUGCCAUAGUCAGUGUGCGCUUCCGUACUUUGGGGGUUUGUCUGUGUGUGUGUACAUAUGUAUGCUCUGUCUCUACAUAUACACACACACACACACACACAUUUUCUUGAGAUAAAAAAAGAUAAACACUAGGUGCUUUUGGAUUUUUUUUUCACUUUUCCUUUAUAGUUUUGGGGAAGGCGUGGGAUCUUUAAUUUGGGGGGGGGAUGAAAACAGAGUACCCCUUUAAACACACAUACAUACACACAAAGCGUGCAGAUAGCCCCAAUUUUGACAGACUAAUUCUUGGUCUUCCCCAAAGAGACAUCUGUUGUACCCAUGACUGUUGCCUGCAAAAAAUAAAAGGGAAAAAAAGAAAAAAGAAACAAAAAGGAACUUCUUAUAGUUGUCUUUUGUGAACUUUAAGGUUUUGGGAGAAUCUUCAAUUAAAGCAUGGCAGAUUCACCUGUAAAUAUUUAGCCUUGAGAGGCCAUUGAUGUAAAACAAUUGUAUUGAUGGUUGUUUAACUCUUUUGUUUAAUUUUUACGGUUACAUCCAGCUGUUAGAUAUGCAGGAAAAAAAUAGUUUGCUGGCUAGCUCUAUUCAUUUAUGUUAGCAUUAAUGCACAUUUUUUUUAAACAUGGUCUUGUUUUUACUACCUGUUAGAUAUAGUGAUAAAGAGGUGCUGGCAUGCUUUACAGCACAGAUCUGAUUUUUUAAAAUGUCCUGUACUAGUACAUAAACCCAGUCAUGCACUUUUUUCAUACACUACAAGGGGAUGUGUAAUAUCCAUGCUUCUUUUUUUAUCCUUAAACUAUUGCCAUACUUCAGUAAGUGUCUUUUUUAAAAAAUUCACUUGUAUAAAAAUGGUCUGGUCAGUAUAGGGCACAAAUGCCAAACAAAAGUAUUAGUGUUAACACAAAACUGCCAACUUUGCACAAGUUUCCAGAAAAGAAAAUACAAUUAGUCACUCAACAUAACCACAGGCCAAUUUGUUGGCCACCAGAAAACCGCUUUUAAAAGAAACACUUGGUGAUUCUUUCAAGUGCCGAAUGUUAUUAGAAUCAACGUUGCAUCCUUCUUGCUUAUAUGUUAAGUUACAUAAAAGGAAAACAAAAUUAUGUGGUGUGAAACAGCCAAGGCAUUUAUUCUUUAGAGGCAGGAUAAUAUUUCAGGAUACAAAAGCCCAAAUUACUUACUAUGGAACAAAGUUGAAUACAGUCAAAGAGUUGAACACUCAUUUCCAAGGCCCUAACUCUUACCCUUUAAAAAGAAACAAAAAGUCUGAACUGGGUUAGUCUGUCGAAUGGCUGUCUAAUUUGUUGCAAAUUCUGCAGUAGUACUAUGAUUCAGGCCUGCUUGAUAGACAAAAUCAAAAAGACAUUUAACAGCAGCAGUACUUGGAAGCUUUGAAAACAUGUGCUGAACUUGAAUUGAGCAACACUCCUUUCUGAAAAGCCAGAAAAAGGAAGGUUUAAAAUAGGAUCUCUCACUGUUUAGUGUUUUGUGUUUCCCCACACGAUUUGUCAGAGAGAAAUGAAAGCAAGCCUGAAACCAGCAAUUGAGAGUGAGAAAGAGGGGGAGACUAUUCUCCAAACCUUUUUUGUUUUGUUUUGUUUCCGAUGUUUACACAUGUUGCCUGAGCUGGUUAACCACAUCGGCAGCCCCAGCUACCACAACAUACUGACUGAAUGAUGAUAUUUGCUCAAGUUCAGUCUGCAGCCAAAACCAUUAGGGUGUGCACUGCAGACUGUAUUUUGUUGUCUUUUUUUUUUUUAAGUGGAGGGGAAGAAAAGAUAAACAAGGAAUAUUUUGUCAAACGAUACACAAUCAUUUAAAGAGAAUGUAUUUCUUUUCUGCAUGUAAUGGCCUCAAACAUUUCUCUCCUCAGUCUAAAGUUAGCAGUGUCCCUUUGUUUUUAACUUUCCAUGUCAUUUCCAUUUUCCAUAUGUUUUGUGAUUUUUCUAUGUUCACAUCAGCAUUCACUUCCGUUAAAUUUGCCAAAGGAAACUGUUAAUGUGUUUCUGUUGUUAUUAUUCCUGUAGGAUUUAUUGUACCUCACAGUAUUUAUUGUUUCCAAAAAUAAGCAUCAUUAGUUGGGAGUUCAGUAUUUUUAUUUGUGAAAAUUUCAGAAACAAUAGAUUCUUAAAGAUAAGCUAGCUUUGUCUAGGAGCUUUAUCUUUUCACCUCCUUCAGAGGAUGCUAUGGGGUUCAUUUAAUUCUUUAUUUGUUCUACAGUAAGGAAAGACCAAAAGUAUUUGCAGUACAAAAGAAACUAACACUAUGUCUGUUAAAUGACAAAUGUUUACGGGAAAAAGCUGAGGAAUUAGUAAUAACCGUUUUUGUUUUCUUGUACCUUUGAAUCCCCCAAAGUCUUAAUUGCUUUAUUUUGGUGUUGUGUUAAAUUGAAUAGACAGAGAUGUUUUCCUUUGUUUUAUACCAUAUAAGACUCUGUACAGUAUGUUUGUGAAAGAUUGAACUAGAAUAAUGAAAGUUUGUUUGCAAACAUUUUGGUCCUCCUAGCGUUCUCUGUAUCGCGCUAUUGCCCCAUUACCAAAUAAUUAGAUUCAAAAAGGGUGGAAAACUAUGUUUAGUAUCCCAACAAAAGAUUAUGGAAACGCUGGCUUUCAGAGUGUGCAUAGACUACAUUACCCCUAGUUUUUUAAAAAUACAUACACAUUUUUAUUUCAGCAACUUUAAAAAGUUACACUUGGUUAAGAUAUUCUAGAACUCAUCUUGUACAAAAUCAAUGUUUAGUCUGUUUAAUUUAAUGUCAAGGAAAAGGUCAGGUGGCCCUAGUGAGUGAAUUACAUAGCUGUCAGCAGGUCACAUCAGCAAAUGAACCAGGCUUAGAACAAAUGUUUGUUACUUGCCACAAACCAGGCUAAGGUGUAUAGCCAGUUAGCAAAAGACCAGAAGUAAUGAGAUUCUAGAAGGAGAAUGUCCCUUGCUUGGAAACAUGAAUGUGUUCCCCUGUGCUUUGUCAGAGAAACGGCAGUAAGUCCUGGACAGCUGGCACUUUUUAAGUAUCUCCUCUAUAUGCUACUAUUGUGCCGCAAGUGCCCGAUUGUGACGGGGGCCUUCUGAAUGAGUAAAUAACAUUCUCCAGUAUAAAGCCUAUUGCUUAAAGGGGGCAGAGGGGGCGGAUGGAUGUAGUGCAUAAAAUGUAAAACCAUAAAAUGUACAAUUCUUCUAUU